AUGUGUACUGGAAUAACUGGUUCACACUGUCGGUAUCGCUUUUCCACCCUCUUAUUUCCUUGCGUGUGUUUGCCGUUGUGGAUCCAGGGACGUGUAUUCGUCAAAAGUCUAACAGGUAGAGGGGAAGGCGCAUACAGGUGCGUUCGUAUCAUUGGCGUUUUAACAUUUUUGCUUUUUGUUCGUUUUCCUAGGUUUGUUAGCGGAAUGAAAACAAACAACUUGGAGCGUCGCAGACAGAUCCGGCAACAACUUCGUGCCUUCUACGGCGAUAAUUUAACGGCGAAGGAUGAACCCGUAACCCGUGAGAGCGGCGAACCGGAUCACAGCAGUGUCAGUAUGAACACACGAGUAAAUAGUAUCCCGCCAGGGUUGGACAUGGACUCCGAUUCCUUCGACGUGGGGGAGUAUACCACGGAGCUGUUCCGCGUUAAGUCUCUUAAAGGUGUUGUAGAGACGGAUGCUUGGCUUGCGCGUACCGCCAGCCGUCUGGAGACGGAGCUGCGUGAACUCGUUUACCGCAACUAUUCCAAGUUUAUUUCGGCAACCGACACGAUACGAGAGAUAAGAUCUGAUGUCACGGAAAUGGGUGGCAGGCUUCACGCCCUAUCAGGAAAUGUGGAAAAUAUUGACGAUGUGUCGAAGGACGUGAGCGGGAAACUUCAGGAACACCGAAGUCGCAUUGAGAAGGUGAUCACAAAACACCGGAUGCUCCGGAAGGCUCAGUUUUUGGUCGGACUUGCCGACACCAUGCGGCUCCACAUGGAGCGGAAAGAGCACAGUGAGUGCGUGCGCAAAUGGGUAAUGGGCGACAGCUUCAUUGCUAAGCACGCAAACAUUCCAAAGAUGGCAAUUGUUCACAAGGAAUGCAAAGAGCUUGCUAUGCAUCUGUAUGGUGUUUUACGAGAGGAGGUGCUAAGUGUCUCCAUGGAAAAUCCUGACGCCUCAGAGGUAAUCCGUCGGAUCGUGGGAGAGCUACGUCUCUUGCGAGCUACCUCAAUAUUUGGUGAAGAUAAGGAGAUAACGCCUCAUGCAGGUACAGAUGGCGCGUUGGCCCCGUUUGAGGAGGAAAUAUUGAGUGUCUUGAAAAUAAAUGUUAGGGAAGCUUUUGUCGUUGCUGUUCGGAGCUUUAAUGCCACCAUAGAAGCGGCGCUGCUAAUUCCGGGUCUUUCUGAAAUGCACCUUGAAGAGAGAGCAGGUGUCCUCAUGCGCCCACGGUUGCAGGAGGCUUUGGCGCAGUUGAAAAGUUCACUUGCAAUUUUUCACUCCGGCAGCGAGCAGCUGUGUAGUUUGUUCAAUCAAAGGGAUGAAUCUGCUUUCUCCAAGUAUAUUAUCGAAGAGGUGGAGCCGGUCCUGACGGAUACUAUUGUGGCAAUUACAACACCCCUUGGUAACCUGCUUGUUGCCAUUGUGGAUGCUAUCGCAAAAGACGGCAGUAGCCUGUUAGGUUCACCUGCCACGGUGCAGACUGAUCUCUCAACGGUUUUCACCACCCUCGCUAAACAUCUCAUGCACUACUCAACAACAAUGAAGGGACUGGGCGUCACAUACCUCAACAGUGCCAUGAACCAACAUAGUGAAAAGUAUGCCGAGAUGGUCGACAAGUCCGUGUUGGGCGUCUUACUCAAGUUUGUGAACUACUUGGAGACGCAUGUUACGGAGACAAACGAUGCACAAAAGACGAAAUUGGGUGAUGAUAAUGCAAGUGAUCCACAAAAACAACAGGAGGUAUGCUUUAAUAUGUGCCUCUCGCGGUUUGUACUCGCCAACGCAGCUGUGGCGGCGGAUCUGAAAAGCGUUUCAGCCAUUAUUGAAAGUGUUACCUCCAGGCGAUCUGAGUUGAUUGACCUUCAGAAGAAAAACGCUCGCCUCACCCGAGCUCUCUUGCGACGCGGCAUUGUGCUCUCUGGUCAAUUUUUCCUCAACUCUGCGCUGCCUGCCUUUUCCCCAGCAACCGCAGUUGAUCCCUCAGCGAGCACAGCCUCCGAGCAUGGAGGUAUUGCCGUGUGCCUGCGCAACACCGUUGUGAGGUUAGGCGAACUAUACAACUUUUUGAAACAAGGUGUUGUGCCGAGCGUUGACGACGGCAACACCAAAUGUGCCUCCCCACCUGCAGAGAAACAUCGCGGAAACGACAGCGCAAGUGGAAGCACGGCUGGAGGAAGCCAGUUAUUAUAUAGCGCACCCGGUAGUGGACGCAAUGCUGGAGCCACGAGGGCGACACGGUUGGCGGUAUGCUUUACGCGAAAAAAAGAAGAUGCCCUACAAGCCAGUGUCGAGCGGAUUUUCUCAAAGCAGUCACAGAACAAUGCGGUACUUCAGACGAUGCCACUUGAGUUCCGCGCGGCCUCCGUUGUAGCGGCAAUUGCGGUUUAUCUGGUGAAGGGUAUUGUUGAAUAUGUGCGACGGGUGACCUUUACGCGCUGUGGAUUCCAGUGCGUGCAGACAAGCUGCACGUUUUUGCUCCAUGCUUUCACCCCCACGGCACUGACAUCGUCAUCACCUGCUGGGACCAGUCAGAGUUUAAAAGUAACUGUCUCAUUGGAGGAGUGGCUAAGUGAUUGUGGCGAUGAGCGGCUGUUGAAGGGGUUGCCAUUUCUUCUUAAUGAAUGCUGUACCUGCGCAUAUGAGCGUUGUGGAGAGAAAGUACCUCUCACGGCGGUGGUGGUUGAACGGUUAGUGCGGUCUGUCUUGGAAGAGAUGGAGGGCGUGUCGGUAUCUGCCGAAGCCUAA